AUGGAUGAGGAAAUAAAUUUUGAAAAGUAAUAAAUUAAAAAAAACUAUAAUAGCAUAAAUAAUGAAUAAAUUAUUAUAAACAGAUGUUCUGAUUAAUUUUUUUAAGAAAAUGGUUAAAAUCAAGAAGAUUAAUAAAAUUAAUUUAAUUUAACAUAUUAUUAUUCAUCAUUUAAGCUUUUUGAUAAUUAAGAUGCAGAAUAUUUGAAAUAUCGUAGAUUUAUAACAAAGCUUUAGCAUUAUUUAGGACCAGAUUGGGUUUUAUAUGCAAAUUAAAUGAUUUAUAAAGAAUACGAAAAUGGAUAAAGAAUAUAUUUAGAUAAUUAAAUAGUUUUUGAGGUAUUAUUAGAAAUAUGGUUAUAAAUGAGAAGAGAGUUUGUUAUAGAAUAAACAAAAUGUAAAAUGGAAGAAGAUUAGCAAUAAAAUGAAACUUAUCAAAAUAAUCUAUAAGAAAUAAAUUUCACUAUGAAUUAGGAAAAAGAAAAUCUUGAAAAAUUUAGUUAAAAAUUUUAAUAUUUUAUAGUCAAUGAAAAAAUAGAUGAAAUGACUUAUAAACCAGUUUUAUAAGGAUUUUUUUGAGUGCUAUUGAAACAUGGAAUUAUAUUUUGCGAAAUCCUUUAAAAAAUCGAUAAAGAUCUGAUUCAUUUAAAUAAGUUUUAGAUGAUUAUACAUAAAAAAUAAUAAAACCUAUUAUGUGUGUCUCUUAAAAAAUAACAGGAUAUUUCGGAAACUAAAGACAGAAAUAGCCUAAUCAUAUAGAAAUGAAUGAAAGCUAAUUUAGAGCGUUUACAAACUUUAAAAAAAUAUUAAUAAUGAAGAAUUUUUACUUGAAAAAAUGAAAGAAUUAUCUUUGAAUGAAUCAAGUUCACAAGAAGAGGCCAAAUAAAAUAAUAAUAAUUAAUAUGAAGAAAAACAAGGACCAGUAAUAUUGAGAAAAAUUUCAACUACUGCUGAAAAAGCAUUAAAUGGUGCAGUGGUAAAAUUUGCUUAAAAUUAUGUUCAAAAUAUAGUUUCAAAUACUGAAAAAAAAUGGUCAGUAGCUAGAGGAUUUGUUACAAAUAUUAUAGAAUUAAAUUAUAAUAAUAUAUAAGAAUAUGCAAAUAACAUGAAAAUAAGAUUCUUGUAACCAGCAUAAGAAUUUUAUAAUUAGCUUAUGGAAACAUAUAUACUAUUCAAAUCCAAUAAUUAUAAUAAUAUUCAGUUCUCUGAUUUUUUAGAAAAAGUUAAGUAAAGCUUUGGAAGCAAAUGGAAUGAAAGCCUAAUUAUACCUACCCAAGUAUUUUUCUAAACUUUAAUUUUAUAAUGGAAUUUAAUAUUAGAAGAAAAUCAAAAUUAAAAUAAUGAUGAUGACACAAUUAUAAGAAUGUUUGUUUAAAGAGUGAGAAGUAAAAUGGCAG